GUCGUUUGCAUUCGCUCCACAUGGAAUGCUCUCUCUCCAAAGCUCAGCUGUGACACAAGACCCCUCAUUUUGAAGACCCUCAGUGAACUGUUUUCUCUGGUUCCCUCUUUAACAGUCAAUACAGCUGAAUAUGAGAAUUUUAAAGUUCAAGUCCUCAGCUUCCUCUGGACCCACACUCAAAACAAGGACCCCAUUGUAGCAAAUGCUGCAUAUAAAUCUCUGUCACAAUUCAGUGCAGGAGAGCACACCAUUCUUCAUCUGCCUGAAGAGAUAAGACCAGAAAUCCCGACUCCUGAUGAGCUAGAUGAAGACGAAGAUGAUGAGGGCGAUGAAAAGGAUCUGGAUCUUUCCAUUCCUGGCUCUUGCUAUCUUAGACUGUUGUCACUUACUGCUCCUUUGGUUUUACCAGCUUUGGAAGAAUUUUUUACAUCUCUCGUGAAGCAAGAAAUGGUGAAUAUGCCCCGUGGAAUCUAUCACUCUGCAUUAAAAGGAGGUGUCCGCUCAGACCAAGGAAAGACUGUAGCAGGAAUCCCCAAUUUUAUAUUGAAAAUGUAUGAAACCAAUAAACAACCAGGUUUGAAACCUGGCCUUGCUGGUGGUAUGUUAUUUUGUUACGAUAUUUCAACUUAUCAGAGUAAAGAUGGCAAACCAUUGCAUAGACUGAUGGCCAGUAGAGGGCGAAGUUUCAAGCAGACCUCACUUGCUCUAGUGCACGAGGUAGGUGCCUCCCCAUACUGUGUAAUGGUUUCUUCUUGCUUGUAUAUGUUUAGGAGUUUCCCCUUUCAGUUUAUAAUCAUGAAAUUUAGUGUGUGUUUACAAAUCGUUUUUAUUAUAAUUAAU